GAGGCUCGGGGGCCGCCGCGCCAGCGCCUUCCUUAUGCAGGGCAUGGGGACCUUCCGGCUGGGGAGAAGGACCGUGAUGUACACAGUGGAAACCAUUCCCAAGGGGAAGAACCGAGUGCUGGGGACCAUCCAGAUCAUGACUGGCUUCAUACACAUUAGCUUUGGGAUCAUUCUCAGCACCCUGACCAGUGUGUAUGCCUCAUUCUUUGUGUCUGGAGAGAUCCCCUUCUUGGGAGGAGCAUCCUUCAUUGUUUCUGGAUGCCUCUCCAUUGGUGCUGAGAAGAGCCCUACAGAGUGUGCCGUGAAAGGCUCACAAGCCAUGAAUAUCAUCAGUGCCAUCUUUGCAUUACUUGGAAUAUUAGCUUUUAUAGUUGAUCUGAGCAUAUAUGGGCCAUUUCACUCAGAUGAUAAUCAUCACUAUUCCCUUGUGAUGACAGGCAACAGGAUCACCAUCGUAUUGCUGACAUUCACCAUCGUGGAAUUUGGCAUUGCAUCUGCCACUGCGUACUUUUGGUGCCGGGCAACCCGCUCUGACUCCAAUGAGGCCAUAUUGAUUGAACCGAACACCAUCAGGACAGACGCUGAGGUCCCUUCCGUAGAACCAUCGGCAACCUAUCCGCAAAAUCCCAGUGAUGCAAGUUAUGCUCUAAAAGUAGAGACUGUGUAGAAGACUCAAGAGGAGGAAUCUGUAUGAAGAAAUCACACCAGCCAUACCUUUCUUGAGGUGGAUGAGCUGGCCCUUUCCUGCAUGACAGAGUUCCUUCAGUUACUGCCAGUAUUCUAGCUGCCAGGCCAAUGAGUUCCAAGGGACUUACCUCUCUUCUUUCUCCAGUACAGUCUCAGUUCUAGAUUGGGUCUAAGAAGCAUGGGGCUUGAUUUGCUGUACCUUGGACUCGAAGGUUACACUCAGAUUCCGUCUUGGAUAGGCUGAAUUCCGUGCCUGGCACAUGGAUCAUUUACAUGUCGAAGUGUUUGAAGAAAACCUUGAUGCAGUGCUCAGGAUGGUGGGAACAGGACCUCUGGGGACCCGAGGAUAUUGACAGAAGCAUGUAGCAACACAGCAAGCCAUUGGUGCAUCUUGGCUGCCUCCGGUUGGCUCUCUGGCUGGCCCCAGUAAGAAGCUGAAGAGGCAUCUGGGAUUUUGAUUUCGAUGGGUCAGUACCCAUUGCUGCAGCUGGUUUUUAACACCGCCAGACCAAACUUGAGUCCCCUGGGAUGUAGCCAGCACAGGGGACUGCCUUGGAUCUAAUGCCUUCCGUUAUUCUGGAUGGAAGCACAAGUUCAGUGUAGAAAGCUGCGCCGGAGACGUAUGUUGAAGUGCAUAGCAAAGCAGAUCGGCCUUUUGAAGCUGAUCGGCAAGGCUGGGUGUUCUUGAGCACUGUCUGCUACUUUCUCCUGUACAAUCUCUGCUUUAGUUUUCCAUUAACUGUAAAUACAUACCCAUUAAGGAUAUGCAUAGAAGAACUGCUGCCCUGGGGAAUGUUCUGUUAGUUUUUCCACUAGAAGGAUCAUCUCUUUAUGAUGAUAGUGCUUGCUCUAAUUGUGAGGUAAAGCGCAGUUUUAACUUUCUUUUUUUACUAGUCAUAGCUUUGCUCCAGCCACUGGGCCAAAAUAUUACAGACAAAAGAUAGGAAAAGCCCAGGUUAGACAUUCCAGAUCACCGAAUCCUAUUCCAGUUUCAGACUGCCAUUUUAGUCUGCCAGUUUUAAACUGCCAUCUAAUAUUUGGAGGCUUUGUAAGAACUGAUGUUCCUUUUUUAGUGGAAAUCAGAAAGCAUUUGGCCACCAUUUGCACUCAUAUGAUGGGCGUCAAGCAUUUUUUUACACCAUUCCAGGACAGUGAGUAAUGCUGAAUCAGGCCAAGAACAUGGAUCCCAUGACUGUUCCUCCCAUAGAUAACUAGGAGGAGUGAGACCUGUUGGUUCAAACCAACUUCCUAGACGGACUUUAAGUCUCACCAGCCAAUUUGUCCAAUGCUCAGGGAUGAUACAAGUUGCAGACAGAAACAGCAGUAAAGACUCCGAUUGCGGGUAGCUGAUUUUAAAGGAAAUGUCUGUGGCCGUAAGCCAAAAGGCAUUUCAGUUGAAGUCCUGCACCCAAGGUGUGUUUAGAGUCCCACUGAACUAAAUGCAGCCGAAGUGUGCCUAAGCGAAUGCAGGGCCGCAGCACAAUCCACCAGAAAAUUCUCUCCCAUUCAGAUGAAAAGGAACUACACAGGAAUUUGUAGUGUUUUUGAAGAACUUCCUGGUCUAUCAUGGUCUGAAAGAGUGCUGGGUUGGAUAAGUUUUUGUUUUAUUUUGUUGGCUGCAUCUUUUAUGCGCAUCUUUAAUAAUUCGCAUUUAGGGGAUUUUUUAGUCGCUGUUAGAAAACUGGGAAUGGCCGAUUUGGGAUCAGUUCUCCUGGCUUCUCAGCAGCAGGAGUAACAUGUCUUCAGCGCAUGUUUUUUCAUGGCAAAUUUCUAUUGGCUCGUUAACGCCUUCUUGUGAAACAGGGACACCUAAUCUUGGGGGAUGACCUCACAGAGGUCCAGUUCUUGCAGCUGUUUAUCUGGCCCGGUUUAGAUUUUAGAUUCUGCAACUGCUUUACUCUUUCUAGGUCUGAUCUUGUUUUUCAUGGAUAUGAUUUUUAAAAAAAAACAAAACAAAAAUAAAAUGUGUACCUGAAACAGCA